UAUCAAUAUAUAUUCUCUUAGAAAAGAACAUAACUGCGGAAGCAUGAGUUUCGAACGAUGACGGCAGUUUUAUAUCAUGGAAACGAAAGAAUCAUUUAAAUUGGCUGAGGAGCAGUUAAAAAUCAAAGAUCAAUUCAUUACUGGAACAGUUUGGAAGAAUUAACAAUAGCUGCCACAAGUGUUAAUCAAUUUAAAUCAUUGCUAAAUUCUGAAAAAUGGAACAUUAAGAAGUUUAACCCGUCGGUAAUUUAAGAUAAAUUAACAAUUAAUUUUACUAAGCGCACUCUAGAGAAGUUUUUAAUAAAAUAGUAAUUAUCAGAGAGAGAUUCUAAAGAAGAGACCAUUUAUCAGAGGGGCCACUACAGCAUAGCUAAAUUACGGCCCAACAGUCCAGGUAUCCAGGUAUCCAGCCAUGUCGGUGUUUAGUUAUUUCACGACAGAACUCACAAGGGGUUACUUGCUAGAAAGGGAAGAAGAAAAAUAUGCACAGAAAAGACAGCGGGUUUACACGUUUAUGAAAACCCCUCGAGAAUUAGAAAAGCUCAGUAUUUAUGGCUUUUUCCUAUGCCUGGACGCAUUCCUGUUCAUCUUCACAUUCUUGCCAUUGCGGAUCUGUUUGGCAGUCUUGAAAGUGUUCACUUUGCCAUGUGGAUUGAUGAGAUCUCGUCAUUAUCUGGAGCCGUCCCAGAUCUGUGAUAUUCUCAAGGGGGUGCUUCUGGUUGUGUGCUCAUUUCUGCUGAGCUACGUAGACACCUCCAUGAUGUACCACCUCGUGAGGGGGCAGGCCACCAUCAAGCUUUACGUGUUCUUCAAUAUGCUUGAUAUGGCAGACCGGUUGCUGUCCAGUUUCGGCCAUGACAUCCUUGAUGCGUUGUUCUGGACCGCUACAGAGCCCAGGGGGCGCAAGCGAGAUCAUCUGGGAACUCUCACCCACCUGCUUAUCGCUGUGAUAUAUGUCUUUUUCCAUGCACUAUUGAUUCUGUUCCAAGCCACUGUACUGAAUGUGGCCUUCAACUCUCACAACAAGGCCCUCCUGGUGAUCAUGAUGUCCAACAACUUAGCUGAGAUCAAGUCAAACCUUUUCAAGAGGGUGGACAAGAACAACCUGUACCAGAUCUCAUGCAGUGACGUAAAGGAGAGAUUCCACUAUGUUGUCUUGCUAUUUGUUGUCUGCAUUCGAAACAUGAACGAGGUGGCUUGGGAUAUGGAGCACUUGUGGGUUCUGUUACCUGAUGCAAUAAUUGUGCUUAUAUCAGAGAUACUGGUGGAUUGGGGAAAACACGCCUUCAUCCUUAAAUUUAAUGAGAUACUGGCUGAUGUAUACUGGGAGUUCAGAGUCAGACUGGCAAUGGACAUGGCCACCAGCAGACAGAGCCAGGCCUUUUCUGAUCCCGCAGAUCUUGUUUCUCGUCGGAUGGGGUUAACUCCCCUGCCCUUGGCGUGUCUCCUGUAUCGCAUACUGAGUCGAUCAGUUAGACUUAACACUGUGAUGGACUACGCCAUUGUUCUCAUGAUUUGCUUAUGUUUGAUGUCGUUUAAAGUACUAAACAGCAUAAUACUUCUGGGCCAUUCUUACAAAGUCAUUCAGAAAUAUCAUCAGCAAAAUACUGAAGAGAAGGAAUCAACCAAUCCGGAAACAGCAGCCAACAAAACAACCAAUGAAAACCCCACAGAAAUGGCAGAAACAAUAAAUCACAACAAAGAAUCAAAUUUUUCAGAUGAAAGAAGGGCUUCCUCAGAUACAAGUGUCCCUAAGAAUUUUAGUCAGAUUUUUAGUGCUAAUUCUUACACUGAAUUAACCAUGGUGCAAGAUCACACCCCCAUUGAGCCAAAAGAAGGAUUUGUUAUAAAAAUGCCAAGGGCUACAACUCCAGAUGAUUCACAGAGCAGUUUUUCAGCAUCAUCUUCCAUGAGUCUGAAUUCCAGAUUGUCAUUUGAUCAUAGCAAAGAAUCAUGUGACCAAAAUGAGUCAUGUGACCAAACUCUGUCAAAUUAUGUUGACAGAAAGCUAGAGAUUCAUAACAGCACACAUGGUGACAAUCUUAACAAUGUAACGCAAAAUUCUGCCAGUGCAAGUGGAGCCAACACUUUUUCUGAUAACAGAACUGAAAUAAAUUCUGACAGUGAUAAUAACAUAAAUAAAAUAAAUUCUGACAGUGAACAAUGUAGUGAAAUAAAAGUAGAAUCAAAACCUUUGAACAACCCAUCCAUGGAAGGAGCAACAUUGUUUCAAAGAUCGAAAGGGCAUUUUCUCAUGAGCUUUAGCAUGGGCAGAAAAAUCGGUUCUAGCACAUCAUUACCAGAAUCUAUAGGGACUUCAGAUGGCACAACAGUAGAGGGGAGAUCAGCAGCUGAUGAUCAAGAUCCUGAGGUUUCUAAGAAGCAUAAUUAAAUUCUGUUUUGUGUUAAAGUAAACAUAUAAUAAUAUUGCUUAUAGGUGCUUUAAGCAAAAUCUAAAGAGAAACAGAAAUAAGCUCUCCCCUGCUUGACCUAGAUAAAUAAUCUCAAAGCGAAUUGUUCACAGUUUGGAAAAAAAAUAAUUCCAAAAGAAGUAUGCAUUGGGAUCAAACAAUGGAUAUAAAUCUGAAUCCCAGUGAAGAAUUAACAUUUUAUUCCACUGUUUAUUUUUCUGCUAAAAGUAUGUUUGACCAUUCCAAACACUUUUGUUUUGUUUGUUAAUAUAUUUAGUGAUAUUUUUCUUAAUUUUGAAAACUCACAUGAGCAAAUGUCAUCAUUGAGAUAUAAUGUAUAUUGCUGUGUAUAUGCUUGUUUUGGGGAACAAUGCUAUGGCUGCAUAAUUGCUUUGAUAGAAUAUUAUUAAUUUCUGUGCCAUUUGUGAACAUUAAAAUGUCAAAUAUUAUAAAAAAUUAUAGUUAUUGUGACAACUUGUCAUAUUGUUUGUAUGUAUUAAUAAAACUAAGAUUUGUAUUGUUAGCACUAGUAAUAUUAUUGCUAAUUUCAAACUUAUUAUAUAUGUUGGUAAUAACUAAUAUACAAAUACACUUAUGUACUUUUGCCAUACUAAGUUUCGAGACAUAUUGUACUCACAAAUUAAAAAUAUUUUGCCAAGUUGAAACGUAUUUUGGAAACAAGCCCCUAUCUAACUUUCUGUUGAUUCACUUUAAUAUUUUAAUUGUUAUCAUUUAUAUAUUCUUGUCCGCAAAUGCCAUAAUACUGUUCUUGUAUCAAUUAUGGCAUUAAAGGUAGUUUUUGAAAGCUUUGCAUGCUUUUCAAAAUGAAUUGCUAAAUGCUUAAAAUGAAUACUGACAAGUCUUCUAGACAGUUUCAUAAUUGUGUUCGUAUAGUUUACCAGCUAGAUCUCGUUUUGCUGUUAUUCAGAAGCUGAAGUAGUAAAUUAUCACAUUUUUAACCUGCUACGUUUCAUACAUUAAUAAAGACAAACUAUCUAUACCAUUUAAAACCUGUUAAGCUGUAUGUGUUUUUAGAAUGAAACAUACGUACCCGUGCCAUUUGAGACAAGCACUUUGUUUCUCCCACAAAGAUUACUGAAAGUGAAAAAAGCUUUGAUAUAAACAAAUCUUGAAGAAGUUCACAUUCUUUUAGAAAGGCAAUUCAUGCAUGAAUUCAUAAAUAAACAAGUUUUUUUCUGUGAUAAUGAAGCAUUGUAUUUUGUUUGUUGAACUUUCAUAAUUUUUAAAUAUAUAUAUUUAGUAUACGUGUACGUAUUUUCUACCGUCUGUAUUUUUUCUGCAGCAUUAUUUGUGCUUAUUUGAUUUAAAUUGGGAAAGUAAAGAUGCUAACUA